AUGCAAACAAUUGCAUUUUUUAAAGAUGAAGAUCUCAAAGAAACCUUUGCCAACUAAACUUCAAUGUAUAUCUCUAUGUAAUAAACUAGAAUAUAGACUCUAUAGCAUGCAUAAUUGGAAGUGAGCAAAAUAAAUGAAAAAUCUCCAUAAUUGAGGAAAUAAGCUGAAAUGAAUUUUGAUAUGGCUCAACAUACAAUAACUCGUUUGGCCGAUGACCUAAAGGCUAUUCAUAAAUCUAUAAAUAGAAUAAAGGAAUUAAAUCAACUAAUCGAUGAAUAAAAAAAAAAAUAAUGA